GCCCAUCUGCCCAGUCCUGUCCCAGCUUCAGGAGGAGUUGGAGUGGUCUGGUCCCAACCCUGUGCCCUCAUCAAGUCUCCACUCCUGCUCAUGUGUGUUUCCAUGGAAAUGAUCCUGCUUCUCCUCUUCUUUGGGAGCGUCUGGACCCAAGAGAUGAACUCAACGCUUGGGGACAUCACAACCACCUUGAAGAUGUCUGCCUCCGGAGAAGCCUCUGCUUCUUUGGUUCCAACUUCCUCUGAGGCCCCAGACCUCAACAUAGUGACCUCCGAUCCUUCAACAGGAAGGGUCCCUGAGGAGAGCGAUGGCACCGGGCACCAGGUCUCCUCACCUUCUUCAGCUUCCUAUAUGGCCAAUGAAGUGGUCCUUCCCAGGACUUCCCCUGCUCCCAGCAGUGACUUCCAUGUACCUGAGCCAUCAGUCUCCGGGGAAGUUGCCACCAAGAAGUCAUCAAACCUGGAAAUUAAUACCGAAUCACUAAGAGACUCUCUGGAACUCCACGUUGCGACUGAUGGAACCAUGGUAACUGGCUCUCUGGAGACCGCUGUUCUAAGCAGCGCACCUCCCGCCACCAUGGCGGCUGGCUUUCUGGAAACGUCUGAUGGAACCAGGGAACCCUCCAUCACCAUGGCAACCAGCUCUCUGGAAACGUCUGAUGGAACCAAGGGGCCCUCCGUCAUCUCUCUGGAAACAUCUGAAGGAACCAGGGGACCUCCUGCCACCAUGACAACUGACUCUCUGGAAACGUCUGAUGGAACCAAGGGGCCCUCCGUCAUCUCUCUGGAAACGUCUGAUGGAACCAGGGGACCUCCUGCCACCAUGACAACUGACUCUCUGGAAACGUCUGAUGGAACCAAGGGGCCCUCCGUCAUCUCUCUGGAAACGUCUCAUGGAACCAGGAGACCUCCUGCCACCAUGGCAACCGACUCUCUGGAAACGUCUGAUGGAACCAGGGGACCCUCCGCCACCAAGGCAACUGGCUCCCUGGAGACCUCUGAUGUGGCUCGUGUAACCCCUCUUACCAUGUCAACUGGCUUUCUGGCAAUUUCCAAGGGGCCCAGUGUCUCCACCAUCUCCAGGGUAGAAAUAGCCCCCAUUUCUACCCCAGAGGCCUUCACAAACGCAAGCAGUGGGGAUCCCCCAUUAGGUUCAGGGACAAAUAACACCCUGUUGGUGGCUGUGCUUGUGGCCCUGGCGGUGGUUGUGCUCCUUGUGAUCCUACUCGUGCUGUGGCGCCGGCGGCAGAAGAGGAAGACAGGGGCCCUAAUACUAAGCAGGGGAGGGAAGCGCAAUGGGGCUGUAGAUGCCUGGGCCGGGCCGGCCCCCGCGUCUGAUGAGGAGGCCCUGACAGCAGGAGCAGGAGGGGCGGGGGGCGGGAAGGGCCCUGGGGUCUCUGAGGGGGCAGGCUCUGGCCAGCAGCCCACACUCACCACUUUCUUCGAUAGACGCAAGUCUCAACAGGGCUCCUUGGAGCUGGAGGAGCUGAGGCAGGACCCCACCCUGAAGGGGGAGGAGGAGCCGCUGGUGGGUGACAAGGAUGAAGCUGUGGAGGCCCCUGUCUCCAAGGGGCCAGAGGCCGGAGAUGUGGAGGCCCCUCAGUGCUUGUGAAAAGCAAGCGUGCAGGUCAGGAUGGUUCCCAGCCUUCAUCACCUUCUCUUGUAUCGUCACCACUAGCUUGUCACGCAGCAUCCUCUGGGUCCUCACCCAGUGUGUUCAUACCAAACCCUCAUCCGCUUCUCAACCCCAGGUCUCCCAGCCGGCACCCAACCCCCCGGAUACUUUCAGAUUGAACCAACAAACUCUCCUCAUCAAUCCCGACUUCUCCCCAUCGCCCUCUUCUCCACAUUUUUGUCCUUGAAAUCAGCUGCUGAGUCUCCAUAAUGCCAAACUUCCUUGACCUAUGUGUUCCUCAGAGGACUCCCCUGGGAACACUGGAGUCUAGGAAGCAAGAUGGACACGACAACCCAGCAGACUCCCGCUGAGGAUUACUCUAGAAAGUACUUUUGGCCUCAUAGAAUAGGACAGUCCUACUGGCUCAGCCCACGAGCCUCCUUUAACACUGCACAGUCCUCUGGAGCAGGGACUGGGUGGCGUCAUCUAGCUGUGCUCUCGGAUCCUAGGCUGGCCCGGGUCCUACACUCCUCCCACCUGUGGACUGAGGCUGCAGCUCCUCCCCAGGGCAGGUGGGGUCCUCAGAAACCCCGGCACCCACGUGGGUCCUGUCAUGGGUGCAGUUUGGGUGCAAGAGGCGAGGCGUUGGCCGCGUUGGUGUAGGUGGCGGUGAGUAGGGCCAGCGGGAGGAGUGGCAGGCGCUGCCAACAUGAGGAGCUUUUUAGAACAUCCGUGUUCUCAUCUUUGUUCAGGUGGGGUGGAGGCGGCAGAAGAUGUGGCUGGGUCUGGAGCGCAAUAAAGAGUGUGGGGCUUGAUGGACUGCA